AUGUCCAACAGUAGCUACAUCAAUGCACUAGUACGCUCUCUCCACGAUGAGAGCCAGGAGCACAAUGUUGUCACGUUAAGUGGAAGCCAGCCCGAAAUUCGAAGCCCCCAUUCGCAGUCAGAGCCACCAAGUUUGUUCACACCAUCGGCCAACACAUGGGGAGGACAGUUCAACCCUGAUCAUUUCCAGCGCAACGAGUUCGCUAUGAUGUCAGCAAGUCCUGUCAAUGUGGAGAAUGCAGCGUUCGCCGCGAUGACUGCCGCGUCGCAUCACAAAUAUGAAAAAAAUGAAAAAAGGAGCGAUCGCAUCAACGAGAAAUCGUAUUGGGUCAACGGAAGCCACGUGGACAAAACCAUCACCUACAACCAGUAUACCAUCGAUACUGCCGUCCUAGCUCCAACCACAGAGUCUCCGGAAAUCAAGCAAGCGAUCCUACAACAGUCUGUGAACUCCAUCAAGCAGACAAAGACAACAAUGGAACACAAGGUGGAUUUCUUGAUGAAACGCUACACAUCAGUAUGCCCAGACGUUCGCUCGCGAGUCAACGCCGCCACCAGCAAAUUGUUCAACGUGACUAGUGACGUGUACAAAUUCACAAGCCUGCACGUCAUCGACAACAUGGGACAAGCGAUUGCUACAGGACCGGGACCAGGACUUCCAGCACCAUUAAGAGCCGCUGCCACAUACUUCCGAAUCGAGCUCCGAUUGGUCCCACGGCUGUGUUCCCUACGAACUGACAUUGGAAUAAACCCAACAAAGUUCCCACCAUCUUCCAACAGAGCUGUAUACGCUCCAGUGCCAAGAGUCCAGAACCAGAUGGACGUAUCCAUCACUCGCCAAAUGGUAACGGACCAAGCACAUCACAAGGAAAUCAUCGCAGCAAUGGCAGCACUAGGAGAAGAGUUCUCGAUGAGAGCUGCGACCAGAGACGGAGAGCCCGAUAACGAAGCCUACGAAAAGUGGUCUAAGCAACAGAUCGCAAAGACCCAAUUCCAAGCGCUCGAACAAGCACUCACAGCCACCUACGUCGGACUACAACAAGGAAUGGAGACGUCAAACCAACAACUGGCAAAACUCAACAUGAUCCGAUACGAAGGAGGCACGAUGAUGUACGACAGCGUGGCUACUUUAUUUGGCAGAAUUGCCACAAUUCUAAAUGGGUUCAACCACGAGAAUCCCCCGCCAACCAACCUAUCAGACUUGGCAGGAGUAGCGUUCCAAGCCUUCACACAAGAAAUCAAGGACAUUGUGGCUGAACACCUAGAGACAGGAGCAGCAGGACCACUAUUUAUGGACUACCCCAGCAACCUGUCUCGAAUGCACCGCCUACGCGAACGAGCAGAGAAAGAAGAGAAGCGCAUCAAGCAACUCGUGGGAAUUGCAAACGGCGCGGGACUAGUCAGAUCAAACAGAAGCUGCGUUCCAGGACCAUCUGCACCAACAAGACCAGGAGGAAGAGCUUUUGCGGGAUUCCACCAACAAGGAUUCCAAGGAUUCCAAGACAACUACUCCUUCCAAACUCCAAAGAUUGCGACUGCUGGAACCUUCCACACCGCAUUGACAACCCCUACAGCACCAGAGCGAAAUGUUCGAGUCACCGACGGACAAGGAAGACAAUUGUUGGUCCCGACAUCCGACAGCAAACUAUACUGCCCACAAGCUGCCCUAACAAUGCUAGCAUGCAUGAGUGCCGCCAAAGAAGCAUUCAACAUCGAAGAAGAAAGUGACAAAACAUCCUCGAUCCAUUGUUGGGGAUGCCAAAAGAUAGGCCACACAUUCCGAGAAUGCCCCCACAAAGGAGAUCCGGGAGUUAUCAGCCAGUUUGAAAAAAGCCUAGAGGACUACAGACUAAAGAGAGAGCAGAGACGACACAAAAGCGAGAUAACAAGUUACAAGGACAGCGGUUACAUUAAUCACAUAGUUUAUGAAACAAUUCAAAAGAUUGAGCAUCCAGAAACGCGGGAAGAUGAACGAAGAACACUGUUAGUAAACUUGGCCAAAACAGUCACCGAGCACAUGGGCAAAAACAGCGGACACAAGAGGAAGCAAAUGAGAACGGAUCCCCCACUCACUUUCAUGACGGUCGGAAGCUUUGCAACAAUGGAACAAGCGCAAAAAUUGGACUUCUCAGUGAAGGAAGUCCUAGCAGUGAUGCACUUCCCAAUCGGCCUCAACCUCGGAGACACAGCCAACUUGAAAGGAAUAUACGGCACUGGAGGAUGCUGCAACAUAGGAGAAAAAGCAUACCACCUCACCAUCGCAAAACAAUACCCCCAAUUGGUCAAACAGGUGUACGACUUUCCACAGAUUCACUACGCCCCCAUCAAGAUUGGAGGAAUCAAAGACAGCGUCAACAUCGAGGCAAUCAUUGAAUACUACAUCCCUUUCGCCAAUGAGGAUGGAGAAAAUCACACGUUGAUGAUUGGAUUGACGGAGCAACUACCCAUCAACACACUCUUUGGAUUACCAUUCAUGUUGAAGGCAAAGAUGGCGCCAGACUUUCAUCGAAAAACAGUAACUUCAAGCCUCUUCAACCAGGAAUUUGAAAUCACCAUGGAGCAACCCACAAUGCUUCCAGUGGAACACAUCAGAAGAGAUCAAGCAGCGUCACCCAAAGUACUAUUCAACAACAACAAGAAAGAGACAGGACAGAAAGCCAUCAUCAUCAGAAAACACCAACACAGCGCGCCCAACACCACCACCAACAUUACACCGAAGAAAACAUAA